AUGGCCUUAACUCCUUGCUUUACCUCCUUUGAAAUCCACUCCACAUUCUUUCAAGUUCAAACGUCUUCAGAUAUUUUCCAUACAAAAAAAUUCAUAAAUCUCAAGAGCUCAGACUUCAUUGAAAUGAAAUGCAGAAACACUAUUGGUGACUUGAGUGAAAAGCCAAGAGGGACGUGUUGCUUCGCGACACUCAGCCCGCGGGGUCGUGGCGGCUCCAGUAGGGCGCACGCGGCGCCUUUAUCUGGGCACCCGCGGAGUCGCCUCCGCUGCCCCCGCGCCCCUAGUGUUCCAGACUUGGCCGCUCGCCUCCUCCGAGGGUGCCUACUCGUACUGGGCGGCCGCCGCCCGCCGCGCGGUGAGUGCCAGCCGGGGCUUCCGCGGCGCGUGCCUGGAGGCUGUGGGGCGGGACAGCCAGUCACUCGGGUGGCUGGUUUGAAGCGGGAGGUGCGCGCGCUGCUGGGAAAAGAACAUCUAGAAACUUCUGCUAAAAAGUUAACAGAUAUAGGAAUUAGAAAAAUCUUUUCUUCAGAGCAUGACAUUUUCCAGGAAAGUGUAAGGAAGUUUUUUCAAGAAGUGAUUCCUUAGCACUCAGAAGCUUAUUCAAAUUGUUCAGGCCCCGGUUUUGGUGUUCAUUCAGCAAUUGCCAUGCCCUAUAUUGCAAACUAUGGCUCAGAAGAACAGAUUAAGCACUUUAUUCCUCAGAUGACUACAGGCAAAUGUAUUGGUGAAAUAGCAAUGACAGAGCCGUGAGCUGGAAGUGACUUAAAAGGAGUAAAAACAAAUGCUAAAAAGGAAGGAAGAAGUGACUGAAUUCUCAAUGGAAGCAAGGUGUUCAUCAGUAAUGGGUGGUUAAGCGACCUUGUGUUUGUAGUUGUGAUCACAAAUCGUGAGGCUCACUCCCCUGCCCAUGGUAUUAACCUUUUUCUGGUCGAAAAUGGAAUGAAAGAAUUUAUUAAGGGACUAAAGCUACAUAAAACGGGAUUAAAAGCCCAGGAUCCUGCAGAACUAUUCUUUGAAGAUGUAUGGUUGCCAGCUAGUGCCCUACUUGGAGAAGAGAAUAAAGGCUUCUAUUAUCUCAUGAAGCUUCCACAGGAAAGGCUACUAAUUGCUGAUGCAAUUUCAGCUAGUGAAUUCAUGCUUGAAGAAACCAGGAACUAUGUUAAACAAAGAAAAGCUUUUGGGAAAACAAUUGCCCACCUACAGACAGUGCAACAUAAAUUAGCAGAAUUAAAAACACAUAUAUGUGUAACCAGAGCAUUUGUGGACAGCUGUCUCCAGCUGCACGAAAGGAAAUGUAUAGACUCUGCCACUGCUUGCAUGGCGAAAUAUUGGACAUCUGAUUUACAAAAUAGAGUAGCUUAUGACUAUGUACAGCUCCUUGGAGGUUGGGGAUGCAUAUGGGAGUACCCAAUUGCAAAAGCUUAUGUGGAAGCCUGAGUUCAGCCAAUCUAUGGUGGUGCAAAUGAAAUAAUGAAGGAGCUGAUUGCAAGAUAUAUUGUCUGUGACAAGUAGACAUCUGCCCACAUCUUGGAAUCCUAUUACAGCUAAUCUGGUUUUAAAUCUACUCAAGAUAAAAUGUAACUUGGAAAGCAAAGAAACACUGAACAUGUUUUUAUAUGCUCUCUCUAUAAAGAAGGAAAUAAAAUAUAAAGAUUAACACAGUAGAAGGAGAAAUCUUUGAAGCCAAAAUUCUCAUUUUCCAAUAUAAUGUU